AUGGCUGAUGAGGACAUGGCUCCUGGCGGCAUAUACUCGGUCAGGCACCGCCGUAAGCGUACUAAUGUAAUGGAAGUCAUACCUGUUUCUCAGCAUGAUCCCCUGUACGAUUCCCAACCUCAAUUGUGGAAGGCCCUGGGCUUGGAAGAUCAGUUCCCUCAACGAAGAGAUGACCCCUCGGUUCUCGAUGAUUUUGGAUGUUUGAGUAACGCAAUAGCUCCGAGCUAUGAAGAUUAUUACAAUAGCGUGAGGUUCAGGUAUCUAAUAGGCUUACAGAUUAUGUUGCAGCUUCAAUGCGAAACACUAGUAAAAAAUUUCAAGGUGAAUCAUCAGAUAUGUGAUUUGGCUGCGAAAUAUUGGUUGAAGUAUGUAGAGAAGACUAAUAUCUUGGGUUGCGACUGGGCUGAUGUAGUUGUUCUUGAGUCUGAAAUGCAACAAGUUACAGGGUCUGAAGACAACGUUCAAAAACUACCUGUGAAACACAAAAGAGAAUUUCACAAUAUCCUUGGUGAACGUGUUGUAAUGAUAUGGUACAAGUCUUUAAGCAAGAUGAUUCCAUUGGAUUGUACUGUAGCAAUUUUAUUCUUGGCUUGUCACAUGACUAAUGAGGCAGUGUUGCCUAUAGACAUCUCACAAUGGGCUGUUGAAGGAAAACUUCCAUAUUUAUCUGCCGUUGUUGAAAUCAAGAAGCGUAUGGGGCCAUCUAACAGUUCAUGUCCUAUAGAUUUCAAUCAAAUGUUCAAACCUUCACGAGAUGUCUUGCCACAAAAGAUUGAGACUUUGGCUGCAACAAUUGCUGAUUUUAUAGGCUUGGAGAUGCCUCCUGUGAACUUUUUUGAGAUAGCUAGUCGAUAUAUCCGGCAGUUAAAGCUUCCUUAUGAAAAGAUUCUGCCUAAAGCAAUGCUUAUCUAUGAAUGGUCUUUGUCUCCCGGCUUAUGGUUAUCCACAAAUCAGUCAAGGUUUCCAACUCGCUUAUGUGUUCUCUCAAUUAUAAUUGUAGCCAUUCGGAUGUUGUAUAACAUUAAUGGUUUUGGAUUUUGGGAGAGGAGUUUGUCCACUAAUGCAGCUCCAAGUGGUUCUAGAGGCAAAAAAAAAUGUUCAAUGGAUUUAAAUCUUGAGCGGGAUCAACUUGAAGAGGAAGCUACCAAGCUGCUUUCCCACCUUCAUUCCUUAUACACUGGGGUUCCAAAACAAUAUGUGUAA